AUGGCUCGCCGGCCGGCGUCGUGGGAGCAGGGCGGCGACGAGUACGACUACCUCUUCAAGGUGGUGCUCAUCGGCGACUCCGGCGUGGGGAAGUCCAACCUGCUCUCCCGCUUCACCAAGAACACCUUCGCCCUCGACUCCAAGUCCACCAUCGGCGUCGAGUUCGCCACGCGCACACUCCAGGUGGACAAUAAGACUAUAAAAGCUCAAAUUUGGGACACUGCUGGGCAGGAGAGGUAUCGAGCAAUUACAAGUGCUUACUAUCGUGGAGCUGUAGGGGCAUUGCUAGUCUAUGAUGUCACUAAGGUAAUGACAUUUGAGAAUGUGAAGAGGUGGCUGAAGGAGCUCCGGGACCAUGCUGACUCGAACAUCGUUGUCAUGCUCAUUGGCAACAAGAUCGACCUUAGACACCUGCGUUCUGUCGCGGUUGAGGAUGCUGCAAGCUUUGCAGAGAGCGAAGGUUUGUUCUUCAUCGAGACCUCUGCACUUGAUGCAACAAACGUCGAGAAGGCUUUCCAGACUGUUCUAGCUGAGAUCUACAGAAUAAUCAGCAAGAAGCCCCUGUCUUCUGAGGAGUCUGGUUCAGGGUCUGGUAACCUCAGAGAGGGACAAUCCAUUCAAGUGUCAGCCACAAAUUCUAGUGCUCUUACGUCAAGGUGCUGCUCUUCUUAG